AUGAUUCGUGCCAAGAACAUCAGUAACCUUUCUAGUUCAGCAAGAUCCUUUUUUCUAGGAGGAACGAGACCUAGUGCAGCUGAUGGGAACUCCUGUACACACGCUGAGGAUGAAAGCUGCGUCUCAAAACGCCAGCAAAUCAGGACUGAAGCUGUACAGACUGGUAAAAGAGCGUCUAGUUUAGUAUCAGGGAGCAUAUUACAACCAGUUGAUGCUGUUAAACCGGCUGUGGUUUCCAAGAACGUUGAGAGUCUCACCAGGCCGUCUCUUCUUCCACAGCAUGUUUCUUCUCCUGCUUUGCCAGGGAAAUCAGAUUCUGUAAACCAUGCUUCUGCUGUUAUCGAGAAAGACGCUGUGGUACCUAUUGGGGAUCAGAUAUUCAAGGCUGGUAUUGGAGCUGUGAGUUUCUUGUCGGAUAUAGCAAACUAUAAGAUCCCUCUACCAUCCAAUGGUGCUGAAGUCGUUGGUCUGCCUAUGGUUGAUCCUAACCGGCCUGUUUCAAGUGUUAAAGCUUCAAAUGUUAAAGUCAUUAGAAGAGAGCAUCUUGCUAAAGUCUCUCGAGGUACUAAAGAAGCUGAAAGAUCUGGAUUUGUCAAAGGCUUCAAGCAAGAAGCUUCAAAUGAAGUUCAGAGUUUACCAACUAAUGCUGCCACAGGGAAGAGGAAAGGCAUGCCACAAAUACACAAUAUUGAUGCCUCAGGUGGUUAUGACUAUAAUGUAGACAGGACGUUUAGUAAACCCUCAAGGGAAAUGAUGAGAGUGACUGCUUCAACACCUAGGCAGCAGUACUGUAACACGCCUGGAUACGUUGUAGAGAAUGUUUCUAGUAUACUGCGGAGAUUCAAAUGGGGACCUGCAGCUGAAGAGGCACUUCAGAAUUUUGGUUUGAGGAUGGAUCCAUACCAAGCGAACCAAGUGCUUAAGCAGAUGGACAACUACGCUAAUGCGCUUGGUUUCUUCUACUGGCUGAAAAGACAACCUUGGUUUAAGCAUGAUGGGCAUACGUACACCACCAUGGUUGGUAACCUUGGCCGUGCAAAGCAGUUCGGUGAGAUAAACAAGCUUCUUGAUGAGAUGGUUAGAGAUGGAUGUCAGCCAAAUACCGUUACGUAUAACCGACUUAUCCAUAGCUAUGGCCGUGCGAAUUACCUCAAUGAAGCUAUGAACGUUUUCAACAGAAUGCAUGAGGCUGGAUGUGAGCCUGACCGUGUAACUUACUGCACGCUUAUUGACAUUCAUGCUAAAGCCGGGUUUCUUGACAUUGCCAUGGACAUGUACCAGAGAAUGCAAGCAGCAGGGCUCUCUCCUGAUACUUUCACCUACAGUGUUAUAAUAAACUGUCUUGGGAAAGCUGGACAUUUGCCUGCUGCUCAUAGGCUCUUCUGUGAGAUGGUUGAUCAAGGUUGUACACCUAAUUUGGUCACUUUCAACAUCAUGAUAGCUUUACAUGCCAAGGCGAGGAACUAUCAGAGUUCGCUGAAGCUCUACCGAGACAUGAAGAAUGCAGGGUUUCAACCUGAUAAAGUGACGUACAGUAUAGUUAUGGAGGUGCUUGGACACUGUGGAUAUCUAGAGGAAGCAGAGGCUGUUUUCACUGAGAUGCAGCGUAAGAACUGGAUCCCUGAUGAGCCGGUUUACGGUCUUUUGGUUGAUUUGUGGGGAAAAGCAGGUAAUGUGGAGAAAGCUUGGCAGUGGUAUCAAGCAAUGCUUCAAGCCGGUCUGAGACCUAAUGUUCCAACUUGCAAUUCCCUUCUCAGCACUUUCCUUAAAGUUCACAGACUCUCUGAAGCCUAUAACUUAUUACAAAGCAUGUUGGCGCUUGGUUUACAGUCUUCUCUGCAGACAUAUACAUUGCUGUUGAGUUGUUGCACAGAUGCUCGUUCAAACUUUGACAUGGGAUUCUGUGGCCAGCUAAUGGCGGUCUCAGGUCAUCCUGCACACAUGUUUCUCUCUAGAAUGCCACCUGCAGGUCCUGAUGGCCAAAAGGUGCGUGACCAUGUCAGCAACUUCCUUGAUUUUAUGCACAGCGAGGACAGAGAGAGCAAGAGAGGACUCAUGGACGCAGUGGUGGAUUUCCUCCACAAGUCUGGUCUAAAAGAAGAAGCUGGCUCUGUCUGGGAAGUGGCUGCGGUUAAGAAUGUGUAUCCAGAAGCAUUGAGGGAGAAAAGCUGCAGCUACUGGCUUAUAAAUCUCCAUGUAAUGUCAGAAGGAACUGCAGUCACAGCGCUGUGUAGGACACUUGCUUGGUUCCGUAAGCAGAUGUUAGUUUCAGGAGACUGUCCUUCACGGAUUGAUAUAGUGACUGGUUGGGGAAGACGAAGUAGAGUCACAGGCACGUCCAUGGUGAGACAAGCAGUUGAGGAACUGCUGAAUGUGUUCAAGUUCCCGUUUUUCAAAGAGAAUGGGAACUCAGGCUGUUUUGUUGGAUGCGGAGAGCCUCUCAAGAACUGGUUGCUUGAGUCAUAUGUUGAGAGGAUGCAUUUGCUCUAG